GGAUGUAAACGUGUUCAGUAAUACGUUCCUCUAAAUGUGGUACUAGGGAUGUAAAUGAAAUAUGUCACGUGUGACACUGGACUGAAAAAGGGAUGGACGACAGAAAGCUGUUGAUUUUAUAUGGAAGUCAGUCGGGGACGUCGCAAGAUGUUGCAGAAAAAGUGUACAGGGAGGCCAAGAGGAGACAUUUUGCCACAAGAGUGAUGUCUCUUGAUUCUUACACAGUGGCAAACCUGUUACAGGAGGGGCUGGUAAUAUUUGUGUGUGCCACUACAGGACAAGGGGACCCCCCCGACAAUAUGAAGUUAUUUUGGAGAUUUAUUCUGAGAAAAAACCUUCCGUCAAAUUCUUUGGUCAAUCUCAAGUAUGCUGUUUUAGGAUUAGGUGACUCAUCCUAUCAGAAGUUCAAUGUGAUAGCCAAAAAACUAUUCAAGCGUAUUCAGCAACUAGGUGGCCAGAGUCUGGUCCCUGUGGGUCUGGCUGACGACCAACACGACCUUGGGCCAGAUGCAGUUAUCUACCCUUGGUUGACUUCUCUAUGGAAUCAGGUCCUCAGUCUUUCCCCCCUUCCCCCAGGAUUGGAGAUAAUUCCUGGUCAUAUAAGACCACCUCCAAGAUACAAUGUGCUAUUCUCUGAGGAGUCCAGCAAAGUUCCAGAUCUGUCUGUGUUUAGACUUGGUAACCAGGGAAACAAUGCCUACAGCCAAUCAAAUCCAUUUUAUGCACGUUUGAUAUCAAAUAACAGAGUUACAAGUGAGGACCAUUUCCAAGAUGUCCGCCUGGUGCGACUGGAUAUUCAGGGUUCAAAUAUCAGUUUCUCCCCGGGAGAUGUUGUCUCAUUAGCACCACGGAAUUCUCAGGAAAGUGUAGAUGAGUUUAUACAACACAUGAAGCUCUCACCAAAUACCCUGUUCACUCUACAGCAAAAUGAUCCAGAUAUACCUCUGCCCUUCACCCUUCCUCACCUAUGUACUGUGAGCUAUUUACUCCAACAUUACCUGGAUAUCAACUCAGUGCCACGCCGUUCAUUCUUCGAACUUCUUGUCUACUUCGCUGAUAAUGAGUUAGAAAAGGAAAAGCUUGAGGAAUUCUGUACAGCUGAAGGACAGGAAGAGUUGUAUAGUUACUGUAAUCGGGUGAAGAGGACUAUCUUGGAGGUGCUACAGGAUUUCCCCCACACCAGUGCCAACAUUCCGUUUGAGUAUCUGUUUGAUGUGAUUCCUCAGUUACAACCGAGAGCCUUUUCUAUAGCGUCAUCUCUACAGGCACAUCCUGAAGAGAUCCAGGUUUUAAUGGCUGUCGUUGAGUACCGGACCAAGAUGUUCCGUCCCCGACGAGGUGUCUGUUCCACCUGGUUAGCUGGUCUAGAUCCCAGGAAAGGUGUGCAUGUACCUGUGUGGGUCAAACGGGGCACUAUCACAUUCCCUACUGACCCUGCAACACCUGUCAUCAUGGUGGGACCCGGGACAGGAUGUGCCCCCUUCAGAAGCUUCAUCCAGGAGAGAAGCAGUAAACAGAUAGCAGGUAACAUCCUGUACUUUGGCUGUCGUAAUCAAGAAAAGGACUUUUUCUGCGCGGACGAGUGGACGUCUUUGGUGGAGAGAGGUCUACUUACGCUGUACACGGCCUUUUCCAGAGAUCAGGAGGACAAGAUUUAUGUCCAGCACCGCAUUGAGGAGACCAGUCAGGCCCUGUGGAACCUACUGGACAAACACAACGCCUACUUCUAUAUAGCUGGAAAUGCUAAGCGUAUGCCUGAUGAUGUAAGUGACGCCCUGAAGGCCGCCAUACAGAAGUACGGCAACAGGACAGCUGAGGAGGCAGACAAAUAUCUCCUCCAACUUGACCAGAAGAAACGAUACCAAGCAGAAACAUGGUCUUGAUGUCAGUGGACUAUAGUCUUGUAGGAUUUUAAUUUUAAUUUUAAGAUGAAAACAAUGGUAAAAUAAAAAUAAAAUAAAUACAAAA